CUUUAUCAUCCUGAAUUUGAUUUCCACAAGUGUAUAUAUCUACCAUCCUCAGCACACAUGCUGUUCUGCCCGACAUGCGCUAAUCUCCUCGUCAUAUCCUCAGAAACAGGGUACAAUAAAUGGGCAUGCAAUUCCUGUCCAUAUGAGUUUCCCAUCUCCAAGCAGAUGACUUCGCGUUCGCGUAUGACGCGCAAGGAAGUAGACGACGUACUCGGGGGAGAGGAGACCUGGCGAGAUGCUGAUUCUACCGCAAUCACUUGUGACAAGUGCAGUCAUCCUCGCGCAUAUUUCUAUCAGUUACAGAUCCGAUCUGCGGAUGAGCCCAUGACGACAUUCUACAGAUGCGCCGGCUGUGCCUAUCAGUGGCGCGAAAAUUGAAUUUAAAAAAAAAUGGGUGCCGAGAUGCUUACUAGCACUUCAUGAUUCUGAUGUGUACACCAAAAUGUUGCUAAGCCUCUGGCAUCCUCAGUCACGUCGGAGCCACCACCCACACUUCCAUCUUUGAUUCCAUUCUUUGUUCACGGUGUGAGGAUUUACACCCACCUCCAAAUUAUUGCGCCCCGGGACCUCAGUGCGGCUCGGUGCUCACUCCAUCCCAGGCUGUGUAUGCUUACAGUACCCUCGCCCCCAUCGCCGUCCCUCCACGAUUUCCCCCGAGCCUGC